CAACAACCCAUUUCUGAACUUUGAUAGACAAGAGGAUCAUGGAGAUUGAAGAGGAUCAGCAGGCCUCUCAGAAUGGCUUCUAUGAUCCAUUAGAUCAUAAGGCUUGCUAUGUUUUUACUCCAGAUUCCACCUCAGACCCAGCAAAUUUACGCCCUACAAAAAGGCGCCGAUUAUCAAAGAAAUCCGAAGGCAAAAAUGAAGGGGACUCAUUACCGCAAACGUCCUUUCGUCCGCUGCUAGACGGGAACGAAAACGCCAACAAUGUCAAGCUCCGAUAUCAAACGUACCAGAGGACCUGGGAGGAACAGAAACAGCGCAUAGAGUCAAUACUUCAUGCAGUAAAUGCGAAGACUCUCCAUGACGUGGGCUCUUUCGUCCGUGACGCGAGCAGCGAAGAGUACCAGGACAGGAUCCCCACGGGUCUCAUAGUUGCUGGGCCCAGUAUUGCUUCUCACGGGUUGCUUUUCGAACAAUUGGAAGCGCGAAUAAAAUCAGAAACUAGAAGUCCAAUGGUUAUCCUCACAUCGAACGACGCUUCGAACCUCAAAUCGAUGCUCAAGAAGUUGAUUAGAAUCGCAACUAAUGAGGAGAGCGGCAUUGACGAGGACGAAACUGGCUCAGCACGUCAAAAGGGUCCACGUCUCCUCAACUACGAUCUUCAACUACUCGCCAAUUACGUCAAGGAAAAAGGCUGCUCAAAGGUAACCAUUGCGUUUCAAGACAGUGAUGCAUUUGACGGCAACCUCAUGACGGAUCUGAUUGAGCUUUUCAACUCGUGGCUGGACCGCAUUCCUUUCGUCCUGUUAUUCGGCAUAGCUACAUCUGCCGAGAUUUUCCAUGAGAAGCUUCCCCGAGCUGCAAUUCGAUGCAUGAGAGGCCAAAAAUUUGAUGUUGAACGGAUCGAGCAAUCCCUCGAGCUGGUGUUCAACGAAGCAACUAGUGACGAUUCAGCCAUUUUGCUGGGACCUAACCUUGCCAGCAUGCUCCUGGACAGGCAGAGGAAUCAUGUCCAGAGCGUGCAAUCAUUUGUCUCAUCCCUCCAGUACGGAUGGAUGUCCCAUUUUUACGCCAACGCGCUCAGCAUUUUCCUGGCUCCGGAUCUACAAUUCGAGCAAUUGCAACCAGAGCACUUUGAAGCUCUCCGGAAUCUUACAUCUUUCCGCAGACACGUCGAAAAGCUCCUCGAAGACGGCGACACGCAAACCGUCCGUGACCUCCUGGACGAUAACAAAGCACUAUUCUCGCAUACCAUUGAGCAUCUCCAUAAAGGCCGUCAAGAGCUAUCACAUCUUCUCCAAGCCGUCCGUCUUCUCGAAGUCAUUCUCAAAACCAUUCACGAAAAUCGCCCAACUAUUUCCUCGUCAUCUAUAUCCCGACCAGAACUCUACAUUCAAGCCAUAGCCGGCGAACUCGACCAAGGCUCCGCAACGCUCCGCGAGGUUCUCUUAUCGAUCAAGAAAGCUUCAUCAGACGUUCUGCGCUCUAUACUUGAUCGAAUCAUCUCCAUACUCCCAAAUCUUCCUUCUGAUUCCUCAUCGCAAUCUUCCUCCCCUGCAUCCCAAGAUCCUUCCAACUCCCAACCAUCCCCCUCCACCACCACUACCCCCACCAAUCUCCGCACCACCCUGCACGCCAUCCAGGCCGAUCUCCUCGCCCUUCUUUCCUCCGACGAUGCCGACACUCCCGGCCCUCUCCUCAGCGAGCACGAUAUCCAUCACACUACACUACGCACCACCAUCAUCGCACAAAAAGUCUCCCUCAGCAAGCAGAAAUCCAACCUAUCCGCUCGCGACGCAGCAUAUUCGCGACUCCUCCACCGCGCACACGACGCCUUAUCAUCAUACUUUUCCUCUACAAUUUCCUCCAUCCACCUGCGCCGCGACAUUUUCGGUUCCGAAAUCCUCAUCCACGAUCUCCGCCUUCCCCUACGCGAUGUUGUCGCCCCCAAGACACGGUUCGCAAUCGAGCGCGCCCUCGCCCGCCCGCACGACUAUCUCGCCUGCUCGUGCUGCGUGGGCGCCGGCAUGGGCGGCACAACCGGCAAGGAAGGCGCAGGCGGCGGAGCAGGUGCUUUGUCUGCCACCCAACCGCCCACGGCAAUUCUCUAUCAGUUGUAUCUCGAGUCUGGCGCCCUGAUCAAUGUGAGUGAUCUGUGGUCGGCUUUUUUCGCGAUCAUGGGGCCAGAUACGGAUGACAAUGGCACCAAUGGCGCUGCUGCUGACGAUGGGACUGGCAUCGAUGGAGAAGGACUGGACGAUGCUGCCGCUGCUGCACAUGCCGAGAGAAGGACGCUAGCACUGUUCUAUCGCUCACUCGCGGAACUCAAAUGGAUGGGUCUUGUCAAGCAGAGUCGUAAAAAGACGGAUCAUCUGGCAAAAUUGCAAUGGAGAGGGUUAUAGACGGGAUUUCAUUCCCAUUUUCGUAUCCAAGC